AUGUCUCAGAUUCUUGUCUGAUCCUCCAUCUACCAAUAACACUCAGAUAAGUCGAGUUUCUCAACACAUCAUUAUAUUGAGGAUCCAGAAUAAGGCUUUUGAAGACUUACAUGUAUUUGAAUUAAGACGUACCAAAGGACCAUUGAUGGCAUACAAAAAUGAGAAAAAUCAUAGUCAGCCACACUAA